AUGGAAAAUAUUUCAAAAGAGAAUGUUAAUGUGAACGAAAGUAAUAAUAAAAAAAGGAAACAAAAUGUAGAUCGAAAAAAAAAUACAAUUAAUGAUGAGAUGAUAAACACGCCCACAGAUAUAUCUAUGUCUGAUGAAAAUUAUAAACAUAAUGAAUUAAAAAAAAGGACAAAAAAAAAAAGUAAAAUAUCAGAUGCAGGAAAUAUGGAAUUUUCUGAAGAAAAUAAUGAGGAAAAUAGUAGUUUAUCAUUAAAACAUCAAUUAAAGAAUGGUGAUAAUUCAGAUGGUGUUGAAUAUUAUAAUUCUAGUAAUAAUAAUGAAUACGAUGAAAAACAUAUAGAUAUAUCAAAUAAUUACAAUAAAACAAAAGAUGACACAAAUAAUAAUGUAAUACUUAAUAAUAAUGAUAAUAAUAAUAAUUUGAAUAGUAUCUUCCCUGAAGAUAACAGUGAUGACAAUAAAAGUAUAAAUAUUUGUGAAGAUGGUAAUAUGAAUAGAAAUAAUGAAAUUAUAAAGAAAAAAAAUAAUAAAGAAAUUAUAUCGGAAUUAAAAAAUACUCUUAAUAUUGUUGAAAAUUCAAAUACACAACAUAAUAUUGAAGGUUUAAACAAAGAAGAAAUUAAUAUGCUUGAUUCAUGGUAUUUUGCUAAUAAGAUGAAAAUUAUUCCAUACUUAUUUGACGACAAACCUAUACAUAUAAAUUUAUUGAAUUCAUUAUAUAUGUUACAUCCAUAUUUUAAAAAUAAUAAGUCAAAAAUUAUAAUAUAUUUAAGAUUUGUAAAAAAUAAAUAUCAAAAUAUUAUAAAGAAGAAUAAUGAAAAAUAUAACAAUGAAACAAAAGAAAUCGAAUGUAAAGCAAUCAUCUUAAAGAUAUUAGAAAAUAAAAUUGAAAAUUUUAAAGAUAUUCAAUAUAUGGAUAAAGUUAUUACGUUAAUACAAAAUGAAAAUUCUUAUAUUAAUAUCAAAUAUUUUUUCCUCUUUAUUAUAGAUGUAUCUAAUGAUUAUAUAAUAUAUGAAAAAUUUUUACAACAAAAUGGAUUAUUAUGUAUAAAAAAUAUUUUACAUAAUAUUGCUGAGAAAAAAAUUAUAAAAAAAAAUAUACCUUUAUUAAUCAUAUUAUUGAACUUUUUGAAAAAUUUAAAUAUUAAUCUCAAUCAUUUAAGAACUACCCUUAUUGGUGUACCUAUAAAUUUUAUAGCAAGGAAUAAAAUAGAUGAACAAAAUAAUUUGGAUUACGCUACAGAUAAUAAUAAAGUUAGACAACUAGCAAAAGAAUUAAUAGAUAAAUGGAAAUUAAUAAGAGACCAAGCUUUAAAUAAUAAUAAUAAUAAUAAUUAUGGAAACCAAAAUGAUCAGAAUGGACAAAUAGAAAUUGUAAAUAUUAACAAAGUAGAAAAAGAUAUAGAAGAGGCACAAAAAGAAAAUACAAAUAAUAAUAUAUAUAAUAAUAAUGAGAAUAAUAAUUUUAUGUCUAAUAUGAUUAAUAAUACAACAAAUAAUCAUAUAAACAGUUUAAAUGGUAAUAAAUCAAAAUCAAAUAAAAAAUCAUCUAAUUCUGUUUCAAAAAAUGAAAAUAAAAAUAUCAUGCUUGAAAUUAUUGAUAAUAUAAAUGAAGAAUAUGAAAAAAAAAAAAAAAGACAUUUGGAAUAUAAAAAAGCCAAAAUUGAAGGAAAAAUUAAACAAUUUAGUGCUCAAAAAAAUAAUACAGAAAUAAAAAAAAAAACAGAAAAUCUAUUAAUCAAUUUAAGUAGUGAUAAUUUGAUUCGUCCCCAUAAUGAAUAUAAUAAUAAUAAUAAAAUUCAUUCUAACCCUAUGAUUAAUAAUAAUAUUUCGUCUCAUAAUAUGAAUGGCAUGGAUUAUAAUGAUACAUAUUCCAAUGAUAGAAAAAAAUUUAAUAAUAAUAUUAAUAAUGAACAUUUAAACAGAGAUAUAUAUAAUGAUGGUAUGGCUAAUUCAUAUCAUCAUAUGAACAAAAAUAUUCAUUCAAAAAAUUAUACAAGGGUUGGAGAUCAUUCCAUGGAUUCUCCAAACUAUAUGAAUAAAUAUAAUAUGAAUAAUAGACAUAAUUCAAAUGAAGUAUCAACAAAUAGGCAACCCUUUUCUCACAACGGUCGAAUAAAUACACCUCAAACCAUAAAUAAAAAAAAUACUCACAAUAAUAAUAAUUAUAAUAAUAAUAAAUAUAAUAAUGAUAAUUAUUAUAAUAGCAGUAAUAUGGUUUCUAAUAAAUAUAGUCCACAUGAUAGAUAUUCACCAUCCAACACUCACACAAAACAAUUUCACAAUGAAAAAUUUAGUAACUUUUCUCCACCUAUAAAUGAUCCUUUAAUAAAUAAAAAUAACUAUGAUAGACAUAAUUAUAAUUCUUCUAAUCGUCAGACCUAUGACAGAAAAAGCAAUGAAAAGAAUUAUAAGCCAUCCAAAUUUUCAACAAAAAGAACAAACAAAUUUUCAUAUGAUGAACCAGCAUUUGAUAAUAAUAUAAAUGUAAAGGAUGCAAAUCAAAAUAUAAAAGACCCCUUUGAAUAUUAUUCUAAUAAUAAUAUGCAGAAGGAAUCCUAUAAAAAUAAUAAAAAAGCAGAAAUAGAAAGUAUAAGAAAUCUACUCAAUAUUGAUGGAAAUAUGUCUUCACAACAAUAUGAUAAUAAUGAUAUUAUAAAUGAACAAAUGAAUAUACAAACAAUGAACAAUGAUCAAAAUUUUAAAAAUUCAAAACAAAAAAAUAUCAAGGAACAGUUUGAAAGUCUCAAUUUCUUACUAAACAGCAGUAAUAAUAAUAUUAAUAAUAAUAGUAAUAAUAAUAUUAAUAAUAAUAGCAAUAAUAAUAGCAAUUAUAAUAUGGAUGAACCAUUAGAUAGUUCUUUAGAUGAUAUUUUUUCAUUUUUUAAAAAUUUUGAAAAUGUUAAAGAAAAUUAUCAAAUUAAUAAAAGUGAAUUCAUUUAUCCAUCUAGUAUAUUUCAAGAUAGUGAAAUAAAAAAAAAUGAUAUCAUCAUAACAUUUAAAUAUGAUAGUUAUGAUAAUAUUCCAAUAUAUAUAAAAUAUAAUACAACAUCAAAAAAAAAUAUGAUUAACACAAAAUUAUCAAAUAAUAAUUAUCCAAACCAAUUAAAUAAUAUGGAACCAUAUAAUAAUAAAGAUCAAGAUCAUAUUAUAAAUAAUUCAAAUCAAAAUUUUAAUAUAUUACAAUUGUCUGAAUUAUUUAAUCAAUCAAACAUUAAUGAAUUAAAAUUGCCUCCUAUCAUACCACCUAUAUUACCUAAUAUAAAUAAUUCACAAAAUAUUAUACCUCCUAUAGUCUUUCCUUAUAACAAUUCUAAUGAUUAUGAAAAUCAAAACACAAGUAUAAAUUGUGGAUAUUCAUCAGAUAAUAUUUCGUAUAACAAUAAAAGCUCAAUAAAUGAAUUUGUUAAAAUUUUUGAUGAGGGAAUCCAAAAAAUUUUACUUAAAAAUAAAGACUUAGCUAACUUGUUAAUGAAUAAACCAGAUGUUGUACAAAAAAUGUUGAAAGGACCUCAAUACAUUAACGAGGCUUUAUCAUCUUUAGAAAACGAAUUAAAAAAUUGGAAUAAAUAA